CCACUCCUCCUCCUUCCUACUUUCACAGAACCACCAUGUUUCUCUUCCUCCAAAACUCAAAGACCUCUGCUCCCCUCCUCCUCCUCCUCCCCCUCAUCCUCCUCCUCCUCUCCGCCCACUCCCACGGCCACACCAAAGGCCUCCGGCGGCCAAAAACCCCAGAAUCAAACUAUUCCGGCAUUGCAACGCAGCAAAGAUUGAUAGAACAGCAGUUCAUGAGAUGGGUAAACUUUGUCGGAACCCUCCGGCACAGCCUGUUCGGCCGAGUAAUGAACAAACUGUUUCCUUCCUACACUCUCACCGUCGACAAAAAUCCGGCGAAGGGAGACUUCACCACCAUUCAAGCCGCCAUCGAUUCGCUUCCCCUCAUCAAUCUGCUCAGAGUUGUCAUCAAAGUCAAUGCCGGAACUUACACGGAGAAGGUGAGCAUUCCGGCUAUGAAAGCGUUCGUAACGAUAGAGGGAGAGGGGGCGGAUAAGACGGUGGUGCAGUGGGGAGAUACAGCAGACACCACUGGGGCAAAAGGGCUGCCUUUGGGAACUUACAAUUCUGCAACUUUUGCUGUAAACUCUGCUUUUUUCAUAGCUAAGAACGUGACCUUCAAGAAUACCAGUCCGGUGCCAAAGCCGGGGGCGGUGGGGAAGCAGGGGGUGGCGAUGAGGAUAUCGGGGGAUACGGCGGCGUUUCUGGGAUGCAAGUUCUUGGGGGCGCAGGAUACUCUGUACGAUCAUAUUGGCCGGCAUUACUACAAGGAUUGCUAUAUUGAGGGCUCUGUUGAUUUUAUCUUUGGGAAUGCUCUCUCCCUCUAUGAGUGGGUGGCAGUCGAUGGUGAACGGUGAAAGCCAGAAGGUGGUGGUCAACAACGGUCGACGAUAGUCAAUAGUGGUCAACGGUGAUCACUAGCGAUCAGUAGUUGCCAUUCGCGGUCGACGACAACUGAAAAGUGGUAGGAGUGGUACUGGACUUCGGUUCUUUCUCAAGACUUUAAGUUAUUUCUCAAGCCUCAAGCUAUUCACCCCCUCAUGGGAUGAACAAGAAUCUAUUUAUAGUGUUAUAGUUGUAAUUAAUAUAGGAAUAUGAACUACUUUGA